AUAUUUUAAAAAAUCUCGCUUCUGCACUUUUUUACGCUUCCGCUUCCACGUACCCGCUUCCGUUUCCAUGUGCAUAGCUUAUAAGUGAGGAUGAGAAGGUGAUUUACGGUAUAGACUGCAUAGAUAUGCUGAAAGGCUACAUGUGCGGCUUCUUAUGCAGCUUUCUUGAUCAUAACAAUUGUGGCCAAAUUUGCUUGUAAAUAAGAUUUAUUAUAUAGUAGGAGAUUAUGCUUGCCAUACUCCCCAAUUCUCAUUAGGUAACAAAUUUUUUUAAGGUUCAAAUCAGUCUCUUGCAAGGGCACCAUGCAAUCAUAAAUAUUCCGAUGAAAAAAUUAAAGAGAACAUUAUAAUUGUCUUGGUUGUUUAAGCUUAAUAUACAAUCUUUUCAGGAUAGUAGUAAGAAUGCCAAGGAUCAAAAACAUCAUACAUGGACAAAUGCAAAAAUGACUACCUAGUAGUUAGAGACUAAACGUGUAUUAAAGUGUUGAAUUUCGACAAUAAAGUAUGAUCCAUAUCAAUUUCUUGUAAAAUGACAACAUUUAGUUAGAUUCUUUUGAUACAUAUUUCAGUACUUCUAGCAAGAUUAUAAGAGUCUUGUAAGUUAGGUUCGCGGCUACGGCUCUCUUUGUUUUUUUUUUCUUUUGCUAGAAAUGUAAAUAAUGAUCAAAUGAUACAGGUUGUUAACUUGGAUCUUAUCCUACUUAUGAAGCUCAAUGGUUGCUAAAUGCCCAAAAAAAAAACUAUAAGAAAAACAAAUAUAGCCCAGCGAUAUCCAAAAGGGACCAAAAGCUAGAGCAAAUAUGCAAGAUGACAUAAUCAGCUAAAUGAAAACUGGUAAGUCAACAUGGUAAUGGACCAGAAGACGAUGACUAGGCUCCGAACACAAUAGACAGAGGCUGUCGGCAACUGAAACUAAAAGAAACGCAUUACAGAAACAUCCUAAAUUAAAGAAAUAGUCUGGGCUUAAUAGGCCCAAUAGAUAUUUAUAAGGCCCGAAAGAAAACAUUAAAAGCCCAAAACGAGCACACGCAGUUUACAUAAAAUAAAAUAGCUUUCACUCAACAUCAAGCAAUGGCGGUCGGAAGUGGGAAGAAUUGAAUUCGUAGCGAAAGAGAGAGAGAGAGAAGGAAGAUGUCGGGAAUGGGGGACGGGUACGUGGGUACGUCGCAAGAUGGGGUGAGGAUACGGAGGCUGCAGAAGCAAAGAGAGGCUGAACGACGUAAGAUCCAGGAGUUGAAGAGCAAGACUGCCUCCGGGCAGGAGCAAUCAGGUCUUCUCCAAUUCGGCUCCAGCUCUUGCGAGAUUCUUGACACUGCUUUCAAGAAGGAAACGGUCGGUUUAGUCACCAGAGAGGAAUAUGUCGAGAAGAGGGUUAAUAUUCGUAAUAAGUUCGAGGAAGAAGAGAAGGAGAAGUUGCAGAAGCUACUCCAAGAGGAAGAGGAGCUUCAACAACAGAAGCGUAACAAGAAGAGAAAGAUCAAGGGAAGCUCCCGCUUAUCUUUUGCUGAAGAUCUUGACGAUGACAGUGAUGCAGAUGAUGGGGAAAACACUAACUUGCGCUUCGGAAAACUUGGCAAGGACCCCUCAGUCGAAACCAAUUUCCUGCCUGACAGUGAGCGGGAGGCAGAGGAACAAGCUGAACGCGAAAGGCUAAAGAAGCAGUGGACUCGUGAACAAGAGCAAAUUAAAAACGAGCCUCUUCAGAUUACUUACAGUUACUGGGAUGGGACGGGCCAUAGACGAGUUAUCCAGGUCCGAAAGGGUGACGCAAUUGGGAAUUUUCUAAGGGCAGUUCAACAGCAGCUUGCCCCAGAUUUCAGGGAGAUCCGGACGACAUCAGUUGAGAAUUUGCUAUACGUAAAAGAAGAUCUUAUAAUCCCACAUUGCAUGGGAGCGACCUCACUGGAGCGACGUUGUGAAAUCGCUGUGGCUAUCCUCUCAGAACGACCUCACCGGAGCGACGUUGUGAAGUCGCUGUGGCUAUCCUCUCAGAGCGAUCUCAUUGGAGCGAUCUCGGUUCGUCGCUCCAACAAGUCGCUUCGGGCUUCGGGAGCGACAUGGAUGGGUCGCUGCGAGAGGUCGCUUCGGGUCCGAUUUCGUGUCUCCAAAAAGCAAAAGAGCGAGCGACUUCGGGGCGUCGCUCCAAUGAGGUCGCUCUGAGAGGAUAGCCACAUCGACUUCACAACGUCGCUCCGGUGAGGUCGCUCUGAGAGGAUAGCCACAACGACUUCACAACGUCGCUCCGGUGAGGUCGCUUCCAUGUACUGCUCGUCCCAAGAUCACUUUAAACAUUUAUUUUAAGCUCCAAAUGCACUCAAAUGUCUCCAAGAACUCCAUGUGGUACUCCAAUACCUGAUAAGGACUCAUGUAUGCAAAAUGCAACCUAAACAUGGCUAAACUCUAAUCUAUAUUAUCAAAAUGCACAUGGGUGAAUGGAUAAAACAAUGGAAAUAUGCAAGAUAUCAACUCCCCCAAACUUGUUCUUUACUUGUCCACAAGUGAACUUUCUAGAACUCAUAGGGAGAGAUGUUUGAAGGUGGGAGCUCAUAGUCAAAAGAAACACAACUAGCACACUCUCUUAUUACACUCUAGCUUCUCUAGGCCUAUCUCAACUCUCUUUGCCUUUACACCUAUCAUCAAGCAUCCACACAUUCAAAUCAACCAACUCUCACAUUCAUUAAUCACAAAACAUCAGGUGAAUUCUUGCAAAUAGUCAGUCGGUCCAAGUCAUUUGGUUAGGUAAGGGAAGAUUUUUAUUCAAAUGAGUCAAGAGGUUCAAAAUAUAUGAUUUUUAAGGUGGUUUACUCUUGAAACAAGUAGCUUUGACAUUGCACAUAAUAUAUCUAAGAAAAUGAUCAACUCAUGCAUACAAUGCUCAAUCUCUAUUGUUCUACUAUUUUCCCAAACA